GUAUUGUUGGUAAGUUAGGUUGUUACGCUGAAUGAGUUUCAGAAAAUCCAUGAUCAAAACUGCUCUGAACGGCUCGAGAGAGAUUCUAACGUAUAAUCACAAAGUUUUUAAAAAAUUAUUCAGUAAAAGAAGUUCGCAAAUAUGACCGACAACAAAAACGAUAAGGCAAAAGUCGAUCUCGGAUUGCUCGAGGAAGACGAUGAAUUUGAGGAAUUUCCUGCGGAAGAUUGGACCGCAAAAGAUGAAGACGGCGAUGAUAUUAGCGUAUGGGAGGAUAACUGGGACGAUGACGACGUCGAAGACGACUUCAAUCAGCAAUUGAGAGCACAGCUAGAGAAACAGAAACCAGCGAAUGAUGCAACCAAAAAAAAUUAAAUAGAUUGUAAUGUACGUUUAAUCUUAUUAUUUUAUAUAAAUAAAUGUAACUAAAUAUUAAGUUCACAUAUAUUGUUUAUGUAAAUGAAUGUGUACACAUAAAACUCCUCACAGUCUUUGGAACGUCAAUGAUAGAGUUGCUAGUUUGUAUACAUUGUAUAACAUGCAUCGUACAUUUUGCAGGAACAUACAAUUCCUUUGUACAAAACUUGGUUAUUAAAUAUAAAUGCUAUACUUAUAAGUCCA